AUGGGCCGCCUUACCACCGCUCUCGCCGCCUCGGCGACUCGCGCAGACAACCUGCCGGGAGAUCUCCCAAAUAUCUCGAUGCUUGACGUCCUCCUGCCUCGCAGUCUUGCCGGCUCUGGGCAUAUACCGUCACUUCUUCAACCAUCUGCACUCGGCCAUCUCUCGAGCAACGUGCGCACGGCGAUUGAGUUGCGCCACUCCAUGAUGUCCCUCACACUGUUUCCAUUUCGUGCUAUUGCACUUCCGAAGAUGUACCUCGUUGACUCUGACACCGGCCAGCAACUCCAAAACUCAACUCCAGGGCUGUCUGCUUCCGCUGUCGGAGAUGCCGAGAUCAAGCGCGACUCGCGAGGACGACUGGUCAUGGUCAGACACAGAGGCUCGGGCGUCUUCGGUGGAAGCGGAAGUAUGACAGGCUCGGAGAUCAUUACAUUUGACGACAUCAGACGAAGCGUAGAGAAGAUGAAGGAAGGUGAGAAAGACGACAAGAAAAGCGAAAAUAGCAGCAAGAAGAGUGCAAAACCUAGCCAUGAAUCAAAAAGCAAUGGCUCUUUCACGGCCGCAGAGGACGCUAAGCUGAGGGAACUGAAGACCUCGACUGGUAAGCGGUCCAAGCCGUGGAGGGAGAUCGCCGAAGAAAUGGGGAGAGACAUGGAACAUCUGAAGAGUCAUUGGAAGCAACUGCAGGCUGCAGACCAAGAUGGCGGUGCCGCGGACAACACAGCCGAGAACAAGGCUGCUGAUGCAAAAGCCGAUGAGAAGAAAGACGACGGUGGCAAAGGCGAGAAGAGGGGCGGAAAGGGCGGUCAGCAGAUGAUGGACAAGUUUGUCUUCACCGAGGAUCAUGACAAACAGCUUAGAGAAUUGAUGGCUACUGGCGCGAACUGGAAGAUUAUUGCGAAGACCAUCCACAAGCCACAAGAUGCCUGUAAGAAGCGCUGGGAAGAGAUUGGUGGCGACGCUGCCUCCAAGGACGAAUCUCAGAAGCAAGAGCCAAAUCGAAAAGAGUCACAGCAAGACGCGGCCAGUACGGGCCAGAGUGAUAAGAAGGAGGACACGUCUAUUGCCAAGUCCGACACGAAGAAAGAAGAGUACAAGAAGCCCGCCAGUAUCAAAGUACCAUCGAAAGCCGGGAGCGUACCCGGCAGCGUCCGUAGCACACGCAGCUCGGUCAAGUUCAGCAUCCGUGAGUGGCGGACGCUGCAGGAGGAUGAGUUCUUCACCUUUGAAGAAUUGCAGCUGCUCUGCCAGUUGAUUGGCAAGGAUGGUGGAAGAAGCUGGUUGAGAAUCGCGAGCGCCUUUCACGACAAGACUGGCAGGAGGGUGCAUCCCGACGAUAUCAGGGAGAAGUUUAAAGCCUUGUGA